GCCUUAUUAUGCUUUUUGGGGUUUUCCCUUUCCUGGAGCGUGCUGUAUAGGUUUUAGUGCAUCUAAAUAAUCUGCAGUUCCCAAGUUUCCUCAAGAGAGAGUUUCUCUUGUUUACUUCCGUAACAUAAUGACAUCACUAUGUAAGAAUCGUGCUUCUAUAGGCUAGCGCUCCAACACAUUGUACGUGAUAGGCUAAGGGGCGGGAGAUCUCUAAGCAGUUGACCAUCACAACAGAGCUGGCUAACCAAUCAGAACACACUGAAAAAAUAUACAGUAUAAUUAAUUAUUUAUCAAUGCAGUAACUUUUUUAUGUGUUAAGUGUUUCAAAGUCUAUUUUUCAUCUCAAGAAAUAAUCCCAAACAUGUCAACUCAACAUGUAGAGAUGCGAGAGGGGUUUUGUGUUUUUAAAUAUAAACUUCACUCUAUAACUUUAUAUAAUAAGGCGACACAUUGCUGCUUUGCUCCAUGCAGCCUUCAUACUGUCAGAUACCAUAAUGUCCUCUUCAGCUGAGUGCUCUUCCUGUGAUCACUCCUGUUAUAUUUCCACUAUGAAACUGACGCACAGAUGGCAUGAAAACUUCACAUGUUGUCUGAACUAAACACUCUUCCCAGACGUCCUUCUUUUUCUUUUUUUAAAAACUCAUGCUGUGUGCGGGCAUCGAUAUUUCCACAACACUUUUCGCAACCUAAUUAAAUCUUGACACUCAAACAACUUGGAGGAUUUAUUUUGGAGAGGCUCCUCAGCUGAUCAGAUGGCAAAGUGAAGCUGAUUGUCAAGGUAACCCUGCCAAUGUAACGCUUUCCCAUAAAAUAGGCUUAUCUCCUAAACUACCAUGAAUAAACCUCCACAUGUGGAAACUUGAUCUGCUGCCUGCUUUUCGUGGCCUGUUAACACAAGAUAUGGAGGUUUUUUUCUUAUUUUUCCUGAGGGAAGUACAGAUAAUCCCUUGUGGAUAGGACAUAUCUGACCCGGCCACUGAUUGCUGGAGACCCCGCUGCGCCUCUAUCGUGGAUUAGUGGAGCUGAAUUGGAGCUGAAUUGGAAUCAGAGGUGGAGGAGGAGAUGGAGCCGAUGGGCAGAGGCGGCAUUCAGAUGGAUGACUAUGUUGCCACCACAAAGCUGUGACAUCACUGUGGAGUUGUGGACGUUUGUUGACAGUUUUCUUUCUUAACUUCACCUGGACUUUCUCUUAACCUGUUGUGCAUACCUCUCUAGAACAAUUGCUUAUACAACAAGAGACCACCUUCCCAUAUUCUUCAAAAUGGAAACUCUUUCCCAAGAUUCCAUUCUGGAGUGCCAGAUCUGCUUUAACUACUACAGCCCCCGCCGGCGGCCCAAGCUCCUGGACUGCCGGCACACGUGCUGCUCCGUGUGUCUGACCCAGAUGCGCACCAGCCAGAAGGAGAUCCGCUGCCCCUGGUGCCGCUGCGUCACCAAGCUCCCCCCGGGCCUGUCUGUCUCCCAGCUCCCCGACGACCCCGACAUCAUCACCGUCAUCGCCAUCCCUCACGCCUCGGAGCACACGCCCGUCUUCAUCCGCCUCCCGAGCAACGGCUGCUACAUGCUGCCGCUGCCCCUCGCCAAGGAGCGGGCUCUGGGGCUGUCGGGGGAGCUGGGGUGCCGCUUCCUGCCCGGCAGCCAGCAGAAGGGGGUGACGGUGGUGACCAUGCCCGAGCAGCAGCCCCUGGGCCUGGCUAUGGGGCUGGAGGCGGUGGGGAUGGGGCUGGACGGAGGCGAGGGCGAGAGGAGAGUCACCGGCCCGGGGGGGGGAGCGGGGAAGGGCUCCACGUGGUCGGGCGUGUGCACGGUGAUCCUGGUGGCCUGCGUGCUGCUCUUCCUCCUGGGCAUCGUGCUGCACAACAUGUCCUGCAUCUCCAAACGCUUCACGGUCAUCUCCUGCGGCUGAGAGCGAGGGAGGAGGAUGCUCGGACUGCCGCGGACCCCCCCCCCCCCCCUGGAUUCCCCCCACCGGCCCGGCCUCUCCUCAGAAUGGGACUCUGCUGAGGGGAAACUCACAUCAUGGGCGGAAAAUACAAAGAGAGAAAGUGAUGAAGAAGAGGGCAGGGAGGAGAUCCACUAACGGUCUGCCAUUGUGACCUGUUUUUUCUUUUAUUUGGGAGACUGAAAUGAAAAAGGAUACAGAAACAAACAUUCACUUUGCUCUCCCGUCCUUUUACUGCCCUUCCAUUUCCUUUGAACGAACGCUUUGGGAUUUACUCCAGAAAUGUUUUUUGGCCAGCUGAUUUGUUUUUUGGCGCGGGGCCGAUGUGGCACUCAGACUCCAGCCGUUGGAUUGCCUGUUUAUUCUGUGGUUUGUAGAAGUGCAUCAGUUAUCAUAGUGUUGUUUCGCUGAGUGUCGGUUCCAGGCGGCGUCUCUCCAGCUGGUGCUGCAGUACAAAGAGUUCGGACUUGGCUGCUCGCCGUUUUUCUGAUGCUGCAGGAAUUAACUGUGCAGUCUGGGAAACUCAAAAUCAAAAGACUUUCCCCCCCCCUUUCAUACAAUCUGUUCCUGUUCAGAACCAACUGUUGCUGUUAUGCAGUUUGAGAAAGGAUUGUCAAAAAAAGGACUAACCAAGGAUUGCAUUGUUCAUUCAUGCUGUCAUGUUACAGGAAGUUUCUUUAUUAAGUCUUAAGAGGUUGCUGAAACAGUUGAUGAUUUUAGUGUUGAGCAAAAAAAGUUUUUGUUGAUGUUCUUUAUUUCCUGUUGAUAUUUUUGUAAAUCUUAUCUCAUUGGGAUUUGGACUGCUGGUUUAAACCAAAUGCGAAGACGUCACUUUGUCUUGCGAUUGUAAUAAUUCAUUAAUUGGUUAUGAAAAUGUUGUGUUUCCUUUUUAAGUAGAAUGCUACCAUGAAAUGUCUCAAAAUGCUGUGUUUAGAACUGAAUGACGGGGUCAAAAAUGAACUAAUUUGACAUUUCGGGAACUAUAUCUGCUUGCAUUCUGAACGACGGUUAACUAAGAACAUUGAACGCCAAAAAUGCCAAACUGCUUCUUUGGAUAAACAUAAUGAAAAAUAGACAUUGCAGGCAACAGUCUUGUUUGUACUUUUCCCUUCUUUCUGCAGUAGCCUUUGUUUUCCCACGGUUGCUUUCAUCGAACUCUCCAUCUACUUUUCACCCUGACCUGCAGACCCUCGUCCUUUAAAGACCUGACCACAGCCCACACACAUUGCCCUCCCUUCAUCCUAAUACCUCCCUAAUUUAAAAACCGGUUGGAUACGGGCUCGAGUGUGUGUGUGUGUGUGUGAGAGAGAGAGAGAGAGAGUAAUGGGUCAGUAGCGGGUCAGGAGUGGGCGUGCGCUGCAGGGUUCCAGUUAAUAACGGCUGUAUCGAUUUAUCCGCUUUUGAAUAUCUCUCGUGUCCGCAGAGAUGGAUGCUUCUGUCUUUUUUUCCACUUUUAUAUGUUGAGGCAAGCAAUUUGUCUGUUUACUGUAUCGUUACACACAAACAGGGUGAACUCUUUUGUAUUGCAGCAUGGCCAUGUACAGAAUGAUUGUAAUGUCUUUGUUUCUGAUAACCUUUCUUUUGUUGACAUGGUUAAGGUUUGAGAUGAAGAGGCUUUCUCUGUGUGCGUUUGCUCUAAAAGAAACUGAUUAUUCAGAACACUUCAGGGCACUAAGAGAUGGCGUGACACGCUAGUGACACAAAACAAGGAAGGACAGUGUUUGAUAUUUUGGUAUUUAGUAUAUAAAAAUAUAUGUUAUUUACCAAAAUGAUGUGUGUAUAUAUAUGAUCAUCCACCUGUUUAAAUACAUUCCUUUGUUUAUUUAUCAAAGCUAUGGAUGACUGAAUGUUAAAAAAAGAAAGAUAUUUGUUGUUUAAACAGAUUUUUUAUCAUUUGUAUUAUGUGUUGUUGAUUUUCUUUCUGACCAUCUAGAACCAAAGUCUGACGGUUUAUUGUGCUCAAAAGAAAAGCGAUGUUUUUCUUAAAAAAAAUAAGCCAAUUCUGUUUUUGAUUUUAAUUUAUUUUGGUUUUGCAUCUCAUACUAGCAUAAUUUAACUUCCCUCACCAACGAAAAGUCCGACAUUUCUUCCCUCAUAAACAGAAAAGAGAUUUUGGACUUUUAAAUCAGACUGUUGGAUUAAAUCAAAACACACUUCAGUUAUUUAGGCUUCCCGGAGAAAUGUUUUCUGUUAUGAUGUUUGCGCGUCAAUAGAGCAAAUAUUUGUUUUGCAGAUGCACUGAGUUAACUUAGGAUAAAAUGGGUCAUGCGGGACAUGUUCUGCUGUUGCUAUGGGACGAUACUGGACGUUGUGUUUUUCUGCUUAGCUGAAAGUUGAAAUAUUUGUAGCUCCGAACACUCAGCGGAAACGUGCUCAUUCUCAGCACUUGAGGUAUAAGUGGUCGUCUGCCUUGGCCCCAGAUAACUCUGAGAUAAAGGAAAUCCCAGUUAAAAUAUAAAAGCAGCAUGAAGACUUUUUAUGAAAUCUUUAAAGAAGGUUAUAUUAAAUGAUUACUCAAUGCUUUAUGAAUCAGUAAUGAACCAUUUAAAGAAACAUCUUUUUAUAUUGUAAAAAUGUUUUUGGCUGGUUCUCCCCUUCCACUCUGUUUCAACAAACCCUUUAGUUUAAGUGAAUCAAAAUGGUAAAAAGAAGGAAGAGAAUAUCCAGAGGUCCUGGGAUUGUUGUAGCUUUCACCACAACAUUCUUCUAUAUUUCCCAUGUUCUUUGACUCACAGCCAAAAGAUGAUGAGACCCCGAAAAACUGCUUCCACAGGGGGCACAGAUCACUGUCAUGGCAUAAAUGCAACUGAUAUUCUGCAAAAAUCAAAUGUCGUUAAUGUAAUUAAUCAAUGCACCUCGUUUGUACCUUUUUUUUUUUCACCCUUUGUGUCUGUACCCUGCAGAUAUAUGAGAUUAUUGAUCUGAAGGUGGUCAAAUCCCAUCAAACACUGUAAAAUGCAUGUCUUGCCAAAAAACAAGGAUGUACAAGACUGUUAUGGUUAUUGCUUUUCGUAUUGUUCACUGUUAUAUUAAACAUUCUCCCAUAAAAGAUCACUCAUGAUAAGAGAGAUUAUUCUUAACUGCUUGGUCUUUAACUCUAAGGUCAGCUCCUGUCAUAAAUCAUCCUUUUAUCUGUGAUUUGAGAGAAUAUAACCGGCCUCUGAAUCUCCUUCGUGUCCUCUGUAAUGUUUAUUUUCCCUCUUCUGUCCAAAGUUGCCCCGUACAACAUUUCUGAAGAACACCUAGAGAAGCUUAGAAACGAAAGGAGGCUUGUCAUUUCUGUGCCUGUGUGUUUGUAAAACUGCCGUGAAGUUCCUGUCGUAGUUUCCUGUUUGUGUCGGGUGGAAUGGCGACGCAAGCAGCAGCUGUUUUUGGUGAACUAUUAAAGAAAAACGCUCUGAAUCUGAA